CUCCUAAGUCGGUUGUAUCCCAUGCUUUGCAUAGCAAUACCAGGCUAUAGCCGUAAUUUAAACAUUUACUUAUCUCCGAAAAGUAUGGCGCCGAACAUUAAAACUUCACGCGCCAAAAAUGUCUCCAAUUUUCCCCUCUCAACUAUAAGUCGCCUCGCAUUUACUUAUUUCGGCGUCGUCUUCUCCACAGGCUUCUUCUUUGGUACCAUCCGCCAUCUAUACGUCAUCCCCAAAUUCAAUCUCCCACCAGCUCAUGCCGAAAUUAUUGAGGCACCACUUAUGUUUAUGGCUGUUAUUGCUUGGGCGAAUUGGCUAGUAAACCGCUAUAAGGUCCCCGCUAAAGCAAGUGUAAGAAUGAUAGUUGGACUAUUAGGGUUGGGAUUUAUGGCUUGUGUGGAAUUCAUGGGGCGCAGAUUUGCGGGAGGUCGUGGUCCUCCAAAAGAGAGUGGGGAGGGGUGGACUGGAGCAGCUCGAGCGCUGUAUUUGUUUGAUUUGAUAUUGUUUGGGACCAUGCCUUGGAUUCUGAUAUUGGUUGAAAAGGGGUGAUCCCAAGCUGAGCGUGAUGUAUAUUUCGAUGCGAUGUGUCACAUUCAAGGCACAUGUCAUUAUUCGCGACAGAACUAGCGAGGUGCACAUGUUUUGCCUCAGCUGGUAAUGCAACAUUAUAUACAUGUGCACAUACCUACGCCUUGUGUCCAC